UUUCCUGUCUUAUUCUUUUGCUCAGCCACACUGGGAUUAUCAUCUACAGAGGAUGAGGGCGAGGACCCCUGGUACCAAAAAACAUGCAAGUGUGAUUGCCAAGGAGGAACAAAUGCUCUGUGGAAUGCAGGCGCUACCUUAGACUGCAUACCAGAAUGCCCAUAUCACAAGCCCCUGGGUUUUGAGUCAGGGGAGGUCACACCAGACCAGAUCACCUGCUCCAAUCCGGAGCAGUAUGUGGGCUGGUAUUCCUCAUGGACUGCAAACAAGGCUCGGCUCAACAGUCAAGGCUUUGGGUGUGCGUGGCUCUCCAAGUUCCAAGACAGCAGCCAGUGGUUACAAAUAGAUCUGAAGGAGAUCAAGGUGAUUUCAGGGAUCCUUACCCAGGGGCGCUGUGACAUCGACGAGUGGAUGACCAAGUAUAGUGUGCAGUACAGGAGUGAUGAGAGCCUGAACUGGAUUUACUAUAAGGACCAAACUGGAAACAACCGGGUCUUCUAUGGAAACUCAGAUAGAAGUUCCACAGUCCAGAACCUGCUGCGGCCCCCCAUCAUUUCCCGUUUUAUCCGCCUGAUCCCACUGGGCUGGCACAUCCGCAUUGCCAUCCGCAUGGAGCUGCUGGAGUGCGUCAGCAAGUGUGCCUGA